AUGGAUUACUUGAGAACCGAAUCACAAGCAAUCUCCGAUUCUGAGCAAGAAGGAUCAACGAUAUCGGAAUCUGGAAGCUGUGAUUCGUACGAUAAAGGAAAACGACAACGACUUUCUUUCGCCGACGAACAUGGACUUAUUGAAUUGCUUGAAGGCGACAAAGCUUACGAUCUAAUCUACCGGAACUGUAAAUCCGGUCUCGGCGAUCAAUGCGAGCUUAUCUCGAUUCUCAGAAACGGAUUCCGCAGCGUUGGAUCUCGCGCAAAGCUCAAGACUUUCCAGGUUUUUCAAGAGGCGGUGGAGAUGAAACACGGCGGAGGAGGAGAAAGCAGAAGCAAAGCUAAAGUCAAAUACGGUUGGUGCUCCGUCGCGAAAACAGAGCUCAAAUCGAUUCUUGAAUACGGGUUUAGCGACCCGAGAAACGACGGAUCUUAUGGCCGUGGAUUGUAUCUCUCCCCUGAUAAUUCUCUUCUUCAAUGUUUGAAAGAGUCAUCGACUCCGGAAUCAUCAGAAGAUGGGAUGAGAUUCAUGCUGCUUUCGAGAGUUCUACUCGGAAAAUCAGAGAUUGUUCCAAAAGGCUCGACUCAAUCGUGUCCAAGCUCUCCGGAAUUCGAUACAGGUGUAGACGAUUUAGCUUCUCCGAGCAAGUAUAUUGUUUGGACAACACAUAUGAACACACAUGUCUUGCCUGAGUUUCUUGUCUGCAUCAAAACUCCAUCCAACUUUACUCGGAGCCCAAAGAGAUUGAGAUCGCCGUGGAUGGCGUUUCCUGUAUUGAUCAAAGCAUUGUCAAAGUUUCUACCUCCUUCCCAAAUACUAAUCAUUCAAAAACACUAUAAAGAUCAGCAAAACAAGAGAAUCUCGAGGAGCGAACUGAUACAACGAGUCAGAGGUAUAACCGGAGACAGAUUACUUGUUCAUAUCAUCAAAGCUUUGGGACAUAAAGUACAAGAGUGA